UCAGCAUCGUAGAACAAGCAGUCGACGAUACUGAAGAUGGCGAGAGGUUCCCGGUGUUUGCGGAGAGCGGUAGCCGAAUGUAUCAAACAAUUGCCAUCUUCAAGUAGCCGAGAAGUACCGGGGAGGAGUGGAGUGAGGUAUCUGUCAUCAUGCGGGAUUCUGAUGACGCGAGUGCCGCCCCUGCUGGGCGCCAUGUCCGGCCGCGCGGUGGUGGCUCCCGCACGCAGCUUCUUCAACCUGGCCGACACGCUCAACAAGAGGAAGGAAUACUCUGAGAGACGCAUCAUUGGGUACUCCAUGCAGGAGAUGUACACCGUGGUCGCUGGUGUAGAGGACUACCUGCACUUUGUGCCCUGGUGCAAGCGCUCGGACGUAGUCUUCCGCCGCACGGGCUUCUGCAAGGCCAAGCUCACUGUUGGCUUCCCUCCAGUAGUGGAAAAUUACACUUCCCUGGUCACCACAGUGCGUCCGCACAUGGUCAAGGCUGCCUGCUCUGAUGGAAAACUCUUCAACCACCUGGAGACAGUGUGGCGUUUCAGCCCUGGUCUUCCUGGCUACCCACGCACGUGCACUCUUGACUUUUCUAUUUCCUUUGAGUUCCGCUCCCUGCUGCACUCUCAGUUGGCCACGGUCUUCUUCGACGAGGUGGUGAAGCAGAAUGUGUCGGCCUUCGAGCGUCGUGCAAAGAAGAUCUAUGGUCAAGAGACGGCCAUUCCCCGUGAGCUCAUGUUCCAUGAGAUCCAUCACACGUAACGCACGCCUUGAGGCACAUGGAGGAGAGGCGGAGCUAAAAGGUUGCCCGGGGGGGUGGGGCUUGAGGUUGAAGCAAGCGGAUACGGGGGCCAGGAUUUUAAGUGGGGGUAUAAAGGUGCCUAAAGACCAUCCUUGCCUUUGUCAACAAGACAAUUUUUUUCUUUCUCUCUCUCUUUCUCUCUCUUUCGUUAUUCUGUCACCCCCCAGCCUGUGGAGGGAUUUAAGCUAGGCUGAAGUCUGCCCUGUGGGCAGGUCCUUUUUUUCUUUCUUUCUUUCCUUCUUUCUUUCUCUCUCUCUGUCCCCAAAUCCCCUCCUGAAUGUCACCAAGCCCAUUAUUGGCGCCAUCUGUUCUGGCUGCUGAUUCUUGAGGCUGUGUGUGAGGGGGGAUGAUAGUUCCACAUCCAGCCAAAAUGGACAAAGACGAACUGCAGACUCAUAUGUUGUCUCACAAGGGCUAAUUUGAUCAAAUGAACACAUUUCAGGAAAAAAAAAAAAAAAAAAACAGCAGGGAGACUAAGAGAGUAGUGUAAGAUUUAAGAUUCAGAUGAAUUCCCUUUAUGGCAUUCGCAUAAUGCUUCGAAUGCCAAUGCUGCCAAAAAAAACAAGUGGUUUUGUUUGAAAGCAGGCAUGAAUUAUGGACUUCAGAUAAGUGAUCAGUAUUUCAAUCAGAAAGGGACUAGAGCGAUGUCAGCCACGGGCUCCAGACGGUUAAACGUGCUCCGUGAAGGAGGAGGCAGAAUAGAUGUACCGCAAUGUUGAGCACAAUGAUGGAACACACAACAAGCACACAAUGGCCGUGUUUCCCAGAUUUGUUAAGAAGCUCUUAAGUGCUAAGAACUUCUUAGGAGUGCUCUAAGAACGCUCCUAAGAAGUGUUUAGCACUUAAGACCUUCUUAACAAAUCUGGGAAACACGGCCAAUAAGAGUUCUACCUGUUCACAGACUCCUCUGAAAGGUGCUACAUUCUUCUAUGCCAACAAGUCCCAAAGGGAUGUGAGGUUGGUAGAUACUUCCAAAGCCUUGUCUGUGAAGGGGGGGGGGAUAAGGUGUGCCUUAUCAGGGUUUGUGAACAGAGCGGUGGCUAGAGUGUUAAAAGGUCGUAGAUUUAUAAUGCUUCUCUUGCGGCGGCAGCGCCAACGACAACGCCUCAGAGUGACCGUAGCUUAUUUCUUUGUUGUUUCUAAGACGUGUUACCGUGUGCAAUAGCGUUUCUGAAGUUUUGGAUUUGAGUGCUGGUAGCGCUUGCAAACUGUGGAUGCCCACUGCUUUGAAAAAGGGCCCAAACUGCUGUCGGCGUGCAGCAGACGACCGCCUCUGGUAUGGUGUCGGCGGCGACUCGUCUGUUGCAAGCCCCAGCAGAUUGCAGCAGUAGUGAGGUAUCAGUAUCGGCCACCCUAAACCCCCAGUCUUUGGACUAUUCCAAAUCACCAGUGCAGUUCUGUUGCAUUUGUGUUAAGUUACAGCAUUUAUUUAUCAUUAUCUUUUAAAAAAAAAAUAUGUAUACAUUUGUCAUUAUCUAUUUAUUUAGGUUAUGGGAAGACCACACUGUACAGAACAUACUGACUUAAGACCACAGAUCAGUGCUCAUUGUAGAGAAUUCAAUGUCUUUGUUGUGGUUUCUUUUUUUUAGUGUAAAUUAAGAAUAUUUUAAUUUGAGUGUUUGGGUGAAAUGUAUACAGACUGCAUGGUUCAUAAAGUAUUUUUAUAUUUAAGAAAACGUGUCUGGGGCUUUGAUUUCUGUCAUGUCUUUCCAUCAGGUUCUGGCUAGUUUAACUUGCAGUCGCGACGCUGCAAAUAGAUGGGUCAUGUGAAUGAUAAUAAUAGUCUCACAAACUAUGUGCACUGGUCGUGACCUCUAGAGGAUUGUAUUCGUGUUUUAGGCCUGAAACUCCGUAUGGGUUUCAAUCUUGAAAUUACACAAUCACCUCACAUUUGUUUUGUGGACAUUUUUAGCAACAUUCUAUUUAUUGAAUCUGAUGUGCUACAACACUGUGAUGAAUUCACAAUGCCUUAUGCCACUGAAAGCACAACAAACUUGUUUUGUAAAUUAAUUUUUAUUUAAAUUAAAAAAAAAAAAAAAAAAAAA